AUGCAUGCUUCAUUGUUGCUUUCCCUGCACUGUGUAGUGCAGUGUGCCAGGGAUCACUUGCCGAUGCUACUCCUGGAAUGUUCCCGCCAAAGUUUGUUUCUCCGCAUCUUCUUCCUGAUCGCGCGCUAUGGCUUGCGCAUCGCAGAGGCUGAAAUGACUUUCCGAAGACGCCGCUUCCACUCUGCUCUUUCGGCCAAAUUUUCAGGAAACGGACACUUCCUACAGCUUCCGGACGAACGGAGCGAACAAUGA